UCCUGGGUUUCUCUUCUUUCAAAAUCCCCAAAUCCUUUCCAGUUGUUCUAGAGAGAGAGAGAGGGGGAGAGAGAAGAAGAAUAAGAAGAAGAUGAAACCGGUGGUGGGGAUGGUGGUUUCAAACAAGAUGCAGAAAUCGGUGGUAGUGGCAGUGGAUCAUCUCUUCCAUCACAAGAUGUACAAUCGCUACGUCAAGAGAACCAGCAAGUUCAUGGCCCACGACGAGAACAACGAUUGCAACAUCGGUGAUCGUGUUAGGUUGGAUGCUUCUAGACCAUUAAGCAAACGGAAACGUUGGAUUGUUGCUGAAAUUCUGAAAAAAGCCCGAAUCUAUGUCCCACCAUCAGCUAAAGCUCCUUCCGUCCAUUCAACUGUCAAAUCUGAAGUAGUUGCUUCUUCGUCUAAAUGAGGUGAAGUGCCAUGCAUGCUGGAUAUGACUUGAGAAAACUUGGAUACAAAAAUCACUGAAGUUACCAUGCCACGCUGUAGCUUCCUGCCGCUGCAUGCAUGUUUUCUUCCCUGUACCAUGAUAAACAUGGUUUAAAUCAGACUCGGUUUUGUUUAUUUGAUAUUCAAUUCAGUGCA